GGUGUGAGGGGUAGGUCAUUCGGGUCAUACAUCACAGGGCGGGGCAACACGAGAACAAAACACGGUAAAGACGGAACGCCCUCAACGUUGCAAGCACUACCGGUAUUGGUGUUAUUUAACCCUCCCACCACCACCACCAUCACAUCCCUCUCUUUGCAUGGUAUAUAUAAAAGGCCCGUGGGUUCAACGAGAUAGUCACUUGAGGUCUGAUCCAUCUCUGCAUAAGGCAACAGUAAAAAUGGGUUCUUCUUCUGCUUCGUCGCUUGUCCUCGUCACCAUCGUUGUCAUGGCGUUGGUGGCUGUGGUGUUGGCCCUCCCAGCCUCUGAGGGAGGGGAACCAGCGGGCGAGCCGGCAACAUUCAAAGGAAACAACAAGUGCCGCGAUAACCCCAAGUCGGAGACCUCGUUCCAGAACAUACAGAGGGAGGAGGACUGCCUGCCCAAUCAGGACUACAUCAAGGAGCUCUUCAUCUGCAAGAACAGGACUCAAACCGGCUAAGUGAGGGAGGGAAACACCGCCUCUCCUCCUCCUCCUCCUCCUCCUUCUCUUCUUCCGAGCACCUUGUCAUUGAACCAGAAAUCUUUUUGGCGUUGUUUUUUUGUCUAUCACUGUGUCUGUCUGUGUUUCUGUUUCUCUUGCACUUUCUAUCUAUCUAUCUACCUAUAUGUCAAUCUCUUUCGUUUUUUGGUUGUUUCUGUCACUCUGUCUCUCUUGCACUGUCUUUUUAUCUACUACCAUGUCCGUCUUUCGAUUUCUCUCUCACUAAAGGUUUUUCUUAUCAAUUUCUCAUCAGCAACAACUCAAACCCACUUCACCAGAUGGAGUCGUGUCUAUUCCACGCCUCAAUCGUUUAUUUUUUCCACCCAAAAAUAAACACAUCUCUGUA